AUGAGCUGCCACGACGACGCGACGGACGCCGCGGCCGCGCUGGGCGUGAGCGUGCCGCCGGACGCGCAGUUCGACCUCACGAACCGCCUCGCGCCCUUCAUGGACCUGCACUUUAUGUUCCCGUUGAUCGACUUCCUCUCGAGCAGUGAGCUCUACGACGAGCCGACGCUCAUGGCCGCCAAGUUGGCGCUGCUGAAGCCCACGAACAUGGCGGACUUUGCCGUGGAGAUCCACCAGACGCUGCACGACACGGACGACGUGCCGGCCGAGUUUGAGGCGCGGCGGGGCGCGAUCCUCGACGCGCUGAGCUUUGCCAAGAGCGAGUGCAGCCCCAUGCUGAGCCUCAUUGAGAACGAGGAGAAGAUUUUGCAGCUCCAGAGCGAGAAUUUGCUCAAUGCGAGUCACUUGGAGCAACAAGAAGGGAUCACACCGGCCGUGCUGGAUGGACUGUACAAGUACGCCAAGCUGCAGUACGAGUGCGGCAACUACCAGGACUGCCUCACGUACUUGACGUACUAUGGCGUGCUCAUUCCCAACUCGUCCGAGCAGUACCUGAACGCGCUGUGGGGCAAACUCGCUGCCGAGAUCCUCAUUUUCCGCUGGGACGAUGCACUGGCGGACAUCUCGCGCAUCAGCGACGUCAUUGAAAGCAGCACGGUCAUGAGUCCUGUCGAGCAGCUCCAGCAGCGCACGUGGCUGCUGCACUGGUCGCUGUUUGUGCUCGCGUGGCACGAAGAAGGGCGCGAUGCCAUCGUCGACUUUAUGCUGCAGUCGCGCUGCGUCGAGGCGAUCCAGAGCAACGCGCCGUGGCUGCUGCGCUACCUCUGCGCCGGCGUCAUCUUGCACAAGCGUCGACGCAAUCUCAUCAAAGACUUGCUCCGUGUCCUGCGCGUCGACGACAAGGGCUACCGCGACCCGAUCGUGGACUUUGUCGAGUGUCUGUUCAUCAACUUUGACUUUGAGUCGGCGCAAGAGAAGCUGCGCGAGUGCGAAGUGGUGCUCGCGAGUGACUUUUUCCUCUACGAGAAGAACUCGACCGACUUCAUGGAAGCAGCGCGACUCGCUAUCUUUGAGAUGUACUGCCGCGUGCAUCGCACGAUUGACAUGAAGGCGCUGUCGUCCAAGUUGGCGAUGCAGGAGGACGGCGAGGCCGAGAAGUGGAUUGUAAAGCUGAUCAGCAACGCCCGUCUGGAUGCAAAGAUUGACUCGCAAGAGGGCCGUAUUGUCAUGGGCACGCCGCAGAACUCGGUGCAUCGUCUGGUGGUCGACAAGACCCGCGAUCUCGCCGCGCGAACCUGUAGCAUGGUGGCGCAGUUUGAGCGCAUGGGCAAGCGGAAGACUUACCAGUGA